CCAGUGUUACAUUAUACUAGUGAAGAUGGAGAGCAAGCUUUUGUCUAGCUGGUACAAUCUUGAAUCUACAGUGCCAUCAUCUUACGUGCAACCACCAGACAGAAGACCCGGCAACGCUGUUCUGGCCACCGGACUGAACAUUCCGGUAAUUGAUCUUCAAGGACAAGAUCAUGAUGAUAUCGUAAGGAACAUUAUCAAAUCCUCUGAGGAGUUUGGAUUUUUCCAGGUUAUCAAUCAUGGAGUUGCUAAGGAGGUAAUGGAUGGUGCAUUGGGGAUGUUCAAAGAGUUCCAUGGCAUGCCUCCCGAUGAAAAGAUAAGGGAAAGCUCAAAAGACCCAAACGGAAGUUGCAAGCUCUAUACAAGCAGUGGCAGGAAUGUUCAAGAGACUCUCUAUUGGAAAGACUCAUUACAACACCCCUGUUAUGGAGAAUUCCUUCAAUUUUGGCCUGAGAAGCCUCAGGGAUAUAGGGAGGUUAUUGGGAAAUAUACCCAGGAACUAAGAACACUGGGACUCAAAAUUUUGGAUCUGAUUUCUGAAGGGCUUGGACUGGGCCCAGAAUAUUUCCAUGGAAACUUAACUGCAAACCCAGUAAUGCUAUCUCAUCACUACCCUCCUUGCCCUGAACCAAGUUUGACAUUGGGAACAUCCAGGCACAAAGAUCCCAACCUUCUUACCAUUCUUCUUCAACAAGCAGAGAUCUCUGCACUUCAAGUUUUCAAAGAUGGGGCAUGGAUUCCUGUUGAGCCAAUUCCCAAUGCCUUUGUAGUUAACAUGGGCUUUAUGCUCCAGAUCAUUAGCAAUGGAAAGCUCAUUGGUGCUGAACACCGUGUUGUCACAAAUUCAAACAGUUCGAGGCACACUAUUGCCUAUUUCAUUAACCCGACAAAAGAGACCCUUAUAGAACCUGCCAAGCCUCUGCUGAAUGCAACUUCUUCAGCACCCAUAUACCGAUCCAUGACAUUUGGAGAAUUGCUGGGAAACUUUUUGAGCAAGGGUCCUUACUUUGAACCUGAAUUGCGCAUAUAAUCUUUCAAGAGACUAUAAAAUUGAAAUCUACCUGCCAAAUGGUAUCGGUUUUCCUUGCAGUAUCCAAACUUUGAAUAACUUGGUGAUUUGAUGUAAGCGGGUGACAUUUAUCUUUAUGUGUUUUUUUUUUAUAAAUCUUUUCAGUUUUCUUUUUUUAUCUCUCUUUUUAUAUUUAUCCAUUUGUUAGGAUUUUAAUAGUUUUUGAAUUUAGCCUUUCUGUUCUUAUAUAUACUGGUAUCAAAGAUCUAUUGAGGGGAAGAAUGUUAAUAUUUACCAUCAUAUAUUAUACUUUAUGAAGGCCAAGGGUUAGUGGCCAAAUUGCUAUGAUGAA